GUUUGCCGGCUCCCGCUCGCUAUGAGCCGCCCGCUCUGCAACCACUACGCGGCGCUCCUCUCUUCCUCUGCCGCCGCCGGCGGCCGCGAUGGGGCCCGCGUCCCCGGCGCCGUCCACUGCCUCGUCCUCCGGACGCUCCCGCACCCGCCGCCCACCUACGUCCUCAACCACCUGCUCACCGCAUACGCCAGGUCCGGCCGCCUCCCCCUCGCGCGCCGCCUGUUCGACGCAAUGCCCGACCCCAACCUCUUCACCCGCAACGCGCUGCUCUCGGCGCUGGCCCACGCGCGCCUCCUCCCCGACAUGGACCGGCUCUUCGCGUCCAUGCCCCAGCGCGACGCGGUGUCCUACAACGCGCUCAUCGCGGGCUUCUCCCGUGCCGGCGCCCCCGCACGGGCGGCCGGGGCGUACCGCGCGCUGCUCCGGGAGGAGGCGGUGAUGGACGGCGCCAGGGUCAGGCCCAGCCGCAUCACCAUGUCCGGCAUGGUCAUGGCCGCGUCGGCGCUCGGUGACCGCGCGCUCGGCCGCCAGGUGCACUGCCAGAUCAUGCGGCUCGGGUUCGGGGCGUACGCCUUCACCGGGAGCCCCCUGGUCGAUAUGUACGCCAAGAUGGGCCUCAUUGGGGACGCCAAGCGGGUCUUUGAUGAGAUGGUGGUCAAGAAUGUGGUGAUAUACAAUACCAUGAUCACGGGGCUGCUCCGGUGCAAGAUGGUUGAGGAGGCUAGGGGGGUGUUUGAGGCGAUGGUCGACAGGGACUCCAUCACCUGGACUACCAUGGUUACAGGGCUGACGCAGAAUGGGUUGCAGUCGGAGGCGCUGGAUGUAUUCAGGCGGAUGAGGGCCGAGGGCGUCGGCAUUGAUCAGUACACUUUUGGGAGCAUCCUUACAGCCUGUGGCGCCCUUGCUGCCUCAGAAGAGGGGAAGCAGAUCCAUGCCUACACAAUCAGAACUCUGUACGAUGGCAAUAUCUUUGUUGGAAGUGCACUUGUUGACAUGUACUCAAAGUGCAGGAGCAUCAGACUGGCAGAAGCCGUUUUCAGAAGGAUGACAUGCAAAAACAUCAUCUCGUGGACUGCAAUGAUUGUUGGCUAUGGACAGAAUGGGUGCGGUGAGGAGGCCGUCAGGGUCUUCUCGGAGAUGCAGAGGGAUGGCAUUAAGCCUGAUGAUUUCACCCUUGGCAGUGUCAUAAGUUCUUGUGCUAAUCUAGCAAGUCUGGAAGAGGGAGCACAGUUCCACUGCAUGGCGCUUGUCUCAGGGUUGAGGCCGUACAUUACAGUGUCUAAUGCACUAGUUACCUUGUAUGGAAAGUGCGGCAGUAUCGAGGACGCACACCGCUUAUUUGAUGAGAUGCCAUUUCACGAUCAGGUCUCCUACACAGCCCUUGUCUCAGGUUAUGCGCAGUUUGGGAAAGCAAAAGAAACUAUAGAUUUGUUUGAAAAGAUGUUACUGAAGGGUGUGAAGCCUGAUGGAGUAACAUUUAUCGGUGUCCUUUCCGCUUGUAGCCGUUCAGGGCUUGUGGAGAAAGGCCGCAGCUACUUCCAUUCCAUGCAGCAGGACCAUGGUAUUGUGCCCUUGGUCGAUCACUAUACUUGUAUGAUUGACCUGUAUAGCAGAUCAGGGAGGUUAAAAGAAGCUGAGGAGUUCAUAAGGCAGAUGCCACGGUGUCCUGAUGCAAUUGGAUGGGCCACAUUGCUUAGCGCAUGCAGGUUGCGUGGUGACAUGGAGAUUGGGAAAUGGGCUGCUGAGAAUCUCUUGAAAACUGACCCACAAAACCCAGCGAGCUAUGUCUUGCUGUGCAGCAUGCAUGCUUCUAAAGGUGAAUGGAGCGAGGUUGCCCUGCUUAGGCGUGGAAUGAGGGAUAGGCAAGUGAAGAAGGAACCAGGCUGCAGCUGGAUCAAGUAUAAAAAUAAAGUUCACAUAUUUUCAGCCGACGAUCAGUCUCACCCCUUCUCCGGAACAAUUUAUGAAAAGCUCCAAUGGCUCAACUCUAAGAUGGCGGAAGAAGGAUACAAGCCUGAUGUCAGUUCAGUGCUGCAUGAUGUGGCAGAUGCUGAGAAGGUUCACAUGCUCAGCAAUCAUAGCGAGAAGCUUGCAAUUGCCUUUGGCUUAAUUUUUGUUCCGGAGGAAAUGCCGAUCCGGGUUGUCAAGAAUCUGCGUGUGUGUGUGGAUUGCCACAAUGCUACCAAGUUCAUCUCUAAGAUAACCGGUCGUGAUAUUCUUGUGAGAGAUGCUGUCAGAUUUCACAAGUUUAGCAAUGGCAUUUGUUCCUGUGGGGACUUCUGGUAAUUCUACUAUCUGUUCAUCCAACGUCGUACAUGCUUCAAGUUUAACUAAAAUCAGAAGUGCUAUGACCGGAAGAAAAGGAGGAAAGUUGAACAAAACCAAGCAUGUAUUAUAUUCCCUGGCCAUCAACUGGCAUUGUCUGACAGAGUAAGAACAAAUCAUGUUCCCUGCAGGUGCAGGAUUCAUAAAAGGUGUGUUUAUGUCAGCACGAAACUGUAGUCCGGGAAGAUUAUUUUGAUUAACAUCUGUUCCUAAUUGUUGGUUGAUAUGGAUCUGACAGACAAAGGGCGAAACUGCAUUUGCUGACAGCAGUAUGCAGUUUGGUAUAAAGAUUGUGCAUGACAUCUAUAUCCUUAUUGAUCUUGUUUACCAAAGUGAAAAGGCUAUUUCUUCGGUGUAUAUGGCUUGGAGAUGUGCCUCAAAGUUUGUUGAAAGAAGAUCCCACUGAUGGUUUUGUACCAAGCAACAAAGGGAACGGAGCGUUGAAUCAGCAUCCACUGACCCUCUAUUAUUAACUUGGAACAGAAGUGUUUCCGCGGGCAGGCUAGAACAAGUCAAUGUGACACCUGAACCAAUCCCUUGUUGAAAUCUAAUGCCUGGCCAUAUGGGUACUUGAUUGCAAUGUGAGCCAUAUAAAGGGUAUAUUUGUAGCGGUUCUGCUUGGGCAAGGUCACUGUAAUUGUGUCACCGUUAGCUACUUGAGAACAAGCUGCAGCAAGUGCUGGGAAGAACUUACGGGAGAAAUGCCUCUGAAGGACAAUCAUACUGCAGUUUGAAUAUUAGGAAUAGCAGAAGUCACCGGCUGCAUGCCCAAGAACCCCAGAUCAUGGCCAGGAACGAAUCAACUACAGUUCGAGGUGGUGACUUCUAGUGAGCCAACUGAUCAGUGAUAACCCAGAAAUGAAAUUAAUCUAGAGGUUAGAGAUUGCAGUAUCUUGCCAAUUCAUCAUGCGUACAGAGGUUAUCAAGGCAAACACCAUUGAUGAGGCCGUUGAAGGAAUUCUCGAUGAACUCAUGGAUACUAGAAGAAAAGAAAAUGUCAUAUACUUCGAUGGCUGGGAUGGGCUGGGGGCAUCUGCAGUCCUGCGAGUCGUAGCCCAACAGCUCGCACGAAAUGAAAAGAAAUGGUAUUGGGGACUGCAGUUUGAGCGAGUCAUCCACAUCGACUGCUCGAAGUGGGAGAGCACAAGAGCACUUCAGAAGGAAAUCGCAGAGCAGCUGAAGCUUCCCAAUCAGGUGAUGGAGAUGUUUGACAAGCAAGAUGAGGAGGAUGAUUUCAAUGGUAUUACUGAUCAACAAACUCGGACGGGGAUAACAGAGGUUGCAAUAGAGAUCCAGAGGACCAUACAGGGCAGCAGGUUUUUGCUGGUUCUUCACAAUGGAAGCAAUGAGGAGAUUGACAUAUCUAGCCUUGGUCUUUCUGUAUACGGAUAUUUGACCAAUAAGGUGAUAUGGACCUUCCAAGGGAGGUUUCGUAUGGAUCCCAAUAUGAAAGACAAGGCCAUGAAGAAGGAUAUAACAGAUGUUCUUUUCUCAGCUUCAUGCUAUGACAAAAAUCCACAAGAUCUCUGGUACUAUCUACUGCGUGAAGAGGCUACACUAGUUGCAUACAAGAAUGGUGUCGAUCCUGCAAUACUUGUUAAGUGCUUCUUAUAUAUGUUGACACUAAAUUGCACCAGCCGCCAUUAUGUCAACAGCGAGUAUGAUUUGGCUACCCAUGCCUGCAACUAUUGGAUAUGUGAUGGAAUCAUACCGAUAGUCACAGAUAGUGCUGAAGCAUGGCAAGUCAGUGAGACUCUGCUGGGUGAGAUCCGAUGGGAUAUGGACUACCACGACAAUGAAUUUCCAUCUCACUUUCUAAGGUAUGCUGAGUGCGUACCACACUGGAACUCACCAGCAUAUGGAUUUGUGCUGGUUCCCAAUGGAGUCGUUCCUAGCAGAAUGUUCCAGCAUUUUGACAAGCUUGGUGUGAUAAAACUCUCAAGGUGUAGCUUCAGCUUUUCAUCACCUCCAUUUCUCUGCUGCCGCGGCCUUAGAUUUCUAUGGCUUGACCACUGCAAAGACGAAAGAACAUAUGCAGAGCAAAGGGAGAGGUCGUGGGCAUGCUUUCAAAGCUUGUAGGUGCUUGACCUGCGCUACACAGAUUUGGAUGUGAUACUGUCAGCAGAGGUGAUUGAUCUCCUGACCCAGCUCAGGGAGCUAAACGUUAUGGGAGCUGAAAGCUGGGACAUGAGCCAUUUGCGAGGACGGCUGCGUAACAUUCGCAAGCUCCGGGUAACAAAGUCCACCUGCUUCUUCAGCAAUAAUGUGUUAUUAGAGAUGGAAAACUUGGAUCUUCUUGAUUUAUCAGAAAACAGGACCAGAGAAGACAUGUCAAGCAUAUAUGGGUCAGCAACCACGAUCAGAGAUGACAAGGCUAGCUUAUCUGGCUCAGCAAGCAACAUUAACCUUGAGACUGUCAUUAUUGGUCGAUAUGAUGGGUUAGAAAUCAUCUCUUUUAGGGACUGCAAAGAAUUGAAGAACCUAUUCUUGAAAGAAUCAUUGGGGAGUCUUGAAGAGCUGGAGCUCUCAGGCACAGGAGUGAAAACCCUCAAUUUCAGUCAAGUGGUAGCUACCUCGCUCCCCAAGCGGAUCAUCCUGCUAGGCUGCGAGAAGCUCCGUGCAAUAUUGUGGCCUAAGACAUUCGAAGGGGGAGGAUGGUCUGGUUUGCUGCAUCUUGACACCACCUCAAUAUCAGCAUCAGCUGACGGAGGUGAAGCAUCACAUGCACAUCCAUAUAGCGAUCAAGCCCUCCAACAGCAGAAAGAAGAAGAGUUUAAGGGUGGAUGGCGGAUUUGUCUGAUGGAUACAAGGCUCCUGAGGUCGCUUUAUCCUGUAAGAGAUUUUUUAAGGGCCACAUCCGUACAUAUUGAUAUCUGUCCUGCAGCUACUGUUGGUGGUCGCGACAUCCAAGGAACAAGCAGCAACAAACUAGUGCAAGUCCAACCGCACAGAAGGACGAUGGCGGAUUCCAUGUAUGGAGAUGUCUUGAAGGAUGAUGGCCCAGCUGAAGUGAUGGUGAUGUGGGACUGCCCUAAGAUAUUUCUGUAUUUGGACGAACCAAAGACAUGUAUGAUAAAGAUCAUUCAUCGACAGGGCAACAAACUUUUGGAGGAUGCCCCAUUCUUGCCUGAUUUUACAUGCAAGCAGAGUACAUCUGUGCAUGUCUAUGAUAACCUGUCCAUCACCAAUAUCCCUCCACCUCCCGACGGAUCAGGAUGGCAGAGUCUAAGAUGGUGCCGAGUCGAAAGGUGCCCCAAGCUACACACAGUCUUCAUUAUUCGGCAGGGCAGUGGUGCGUCCAGCUUUAGGCGUCUGGAGACAUUAUGGUUGUCCCAGCUUCUGUCGGCACAGACAUUUACCACGUCAAUUCUUACCUUUUGUAGCCUGGAGUUGUUGCACCUGGACUGUUGCCCCAGGCUCUUACAUGUGUUCCCCUUGGCCAGCAGAAAGUCAGGGAGGUUCUUUUGUAGUUAUUUGCAGACCCUAGAGAUAGUGUACUGUGAUGAUCUAAGGGAGGUCUUCCCUUUGGCCCCUGGGCGCCAAAAACAGGAUACAAUUAUAGAAUUUCCCUAUCUGAGGAGCAUCCACCUGCAUGAGGUCCCCAAGCUGCAGCGCAUCUAUGGGUGCAGGAUGUGGGCGCCUAAACUGGAGACCGUCAAGAUCCGAGGCUGUUGGAGCCUUAGGCGUCUGCCGUCCGUCGACCGCGACACCAAGCCACCCAAGGUGGACUGCGAGAAGGACUGGUGGGAUGACCUUCAGUGGGACGGAUUGAAUAAGUACCAUCACCCUUCCCUCUACGAGCCAAGCCACUCGUUGUACUACAAGGCGGAGCUGCCCAGAGGCACCAUACUCGGGUAAUUCACCUCUCCCGUGAAUUGAUCUUGGGGCUCGUCCAACGUGAAUGCAUGUACGUCAUCAUGCAGACUGAAGCUUUCCUGCCGUGUGUAUGUGGCUUGCCCUGCUUCCUGCUUGAUUGGUUUGUCGUGUUCUCUACAUCGGCGUUGCCUUGGUGCGGUGACGCCCCUUGCAGUCUCAUUUGAUUUGAUUUGGCCAUCCUUGCUCGAUUGGUCCAUGGAAACACGCUUCAUGUUGUUGCUUUCGAGCAAAUGCCGUGUUCUCUACAUCGGCGUUGCCUUGGUGCGGUGACGCCCCUUGCAGUUUCAUUUGAUUUGAUUUGAUUUCACCAUCGUUGCUCGAUUGGUCCAUGGAAGCACGCUUCAUGUCGUUGCUUUCGAGCAAAUGAGAAAAUAAUUCAGAGUGGGCAUUCAGCUGAUGCAGCAUGAGCUCCUUGUAAGUGAUCAGCAUGAGCUCCUUGUAAGUGAUUGCUGUGGCCGUAUAUAUAGUCAGCUAUCUGACUGGCUGUAAUACAUAAGCGUAAAUGAUGAUAGUGAUUUUUUUGUGUAUGUGGCGUUGUUUGUUGUGGUUUGAAUAACCAACUGGUUGUAAUUUAUAAUUUGCAACAUGAAUGGUGGUGAUGAUGACACUGAUGUGUUU